AUGGGAGGAGGAGUGGCCAGCGAGAUUUGGCCGGCAAACUUUGUUGCCACCAAUAGCGGCAGAGACAGCGGCAGAGACAGCAGCCCGCGCGCCCUGAUGUGGCAGAGGAUGCGGCCUUGCGAAUGCAAGCCCUCAGCACCCAUUGUCUGGGAGAGCAUGAUCAAGCGCAACAACACGCCCGUCGGCCUCUAG